AUGACGCCAAAGUUAAUAUCAAAAUUGAACAAGACAAUCAUUACAUCUACAGCAGCUGUUAAUGAGCUUGCACAAGAACUUGAAUCAUCAUUACAUUGUUCAAAUUCGUCUUCUCAAUCAUCAUGUCUUCCUCGUUCGAAAGUAAAAUCACGAAAAUUUCGGCAUAAAUUACCUCAUUCGAAUAUUCUUGCUAAAUUAUUUAUAAUAAAUAAAAAAUCUAAUGAACAAGAAGGUGGAAUUUAUUCUACACCAGUUGUUAAAUCAAUUGUACUUGGAAAACAUGAAGCAUUUAUUAAUCAAAUGCCAAAAACGAUGUCUACAUCAGAUGAUUUAUCAUAUUAUUUUAUAAAAACUAAUCUUCAACCACAAAUGCAACAUCGAAUGAUAUCACUAAUUUCUGAUCCAUUUUCUGAUAAAAUGAACCGUAUGGAAACGUCAAGACAACUAAAAAUCAAUCUUCUUCGUAUUAAUCAUAUUCAUUUAAAUAGUCGUCUACCAGUAAAAAUAAUUUCUACACCAACAUGGACUCGCUGUGCUGUACAUGUUGUUAUACAAGAUGAAAACUCACAUUGUCUUCGUUUAUCAAUUUACAAUUGGUCCUAUGUUAUGAAUACAAGACAAAUAAAAUCCUAUAAUUAUAUUCAAGAAUGUUUAGCACGUCUUUUACCAAUAAAUUCAUGUAUCGUUGUAUUAGAUCCAUGGUUAAAAAUGUGUCAUGAUGGUCAAAUAGCAUUGCGCUGUGAAUCACCCAAUACACGUUUACUAAUGCUUGAUUUUGAAACACGUUGUUCAACAGGUACUCGAAUAAAUGUUGAACAGUUACGUCAAUGGGGUAAUCUAUGUUAUCAAGCUGAUGAUAAUCUUGGAGCUAUUGAAUUUUAUACCUAUGGUUUAAGGCAAAUUGAUGAACAACAAGAAAAAGAAUUAGAGUGCAAUGGAAAAUCAGUGAGUUCAAAAACGGAAGAAUGUGAACAACAUCGCAUUCGUCUUUUAUCAAAUCGAUGUGCCUGUUAUUUACGUGAACGACACGCAGCUUUAGCUUUGGCAGACACAAGUAUUCUUCUAUCCAUAAAUGAAUUAUCAAAUGCACUUGCAUUACCAAAAACAACUGCUGGCAAACUUCUUUUUCGUUGUCUUAGUGCUCAUCUACAUUUAGGUCUGUUUGAUAAAGUUGAAAGUCUUAUUAAAUCGCAUAAGCUUACAAUCGGUUUAACCGGUGGAGAAAAUGUAGCAGCCAUCACUUUACUUGAACGAGAAUUAGCAAGACUUCGUGAUGAGAAUAUCAAAGGACGAUAUGAUCUACAAGGAAUGUUAGGUGAACAAAUAUCAUUUCAUAAAAAUGAGAAACCAUCUCUCAUGUUUAUUGAUUUAUCACAUUAUCACGCUGAAUGUAAUCGAAACGAUCUUUUCGAAGUACGGCCAUGCCGACCAGAAGAAAUAACUAGAAAUGGAUAUCCGAAAAAUUCUUAUGGCAUUUAUGCUUUAAAAAACAUUGAACCAGGUACUCUAUUAGUUGUUGAGCAACCAUUUGCUAGUAUUGAUAAUCGUGUGAUCGGUGAACAACGUUGUCAUCCAAUUCAUUUUUGGCCAAAAAAUGAGAAAAUUUCUAUUAUUGAUUAUUGUAAUGAUGAUAUAUUACGGUUGUUAAAUGAAGUUGAAAAGCAAUUAUUAAUUGGUAAUACUAGUUGGAUAACAUUUGAUAAAAUAAAAUUGAUGCAACCUAUUCGACAAUGGUUAAUUGAAACAAAACAUAAAAAUGUAUCAGAGAAAGUGGAAAAUAAUGAAAUAUCUGAUUCAUUAGGUGAUAGUCAAAUACCAUCUUCGUUCAAAAAACAUUGGCAACAACGAUUUUCAAAACACUUAACACCUCCAACAUCAUAUAUCCCAUGGCGUACUCUCUUUGAAACUCAACAACAAAAUCCAUUUCGUUCGAAAUCAACAGUUGGCUGGUAUCCACUUGGUUCAAUGUUUAAUCAUUCUUGUUCACCAAAUUGUUUAUGGUAUCUUAUUGGUGAUUAUCUAUUUAUCUAUGUUUGUGCGUCUAAUAUUCGAUGUGGUGAUGAAUUAACAAUAUCCUAUUGUCCAUUAUGGAUAUCAUCAUUAAAUGAACGUACAUCUCAAUUACGUCAAUUCGGUAUUACAUCGUGUCGUUGUUUGCUUUGUUCCUAUGAUCGUUCUAAUAUGCCUCAAUACGAAAAUGAAUUAAAAAUAUUUUCUAAUUUACGUGCACUAUCUAGACAAAAAAAUCUUUCACGAUCAAAACGUUUUAAUUAUUUAAAAAAAUUGAAAGAGAUUUAUGAAUUUAUAAAAAAGAAAUUUCGACAACGUUCAAUUGGUUUCAUCAAUGAAUUUGUUGAUUUAGAAAAUCUGUCACAUUAUUUUCAACAUAAAUGCGAUGAAAAUAAUCAUGAUGAUAUUGAUGAAAUUGAAAUUGAAACAUUUUUAAACGAACAAGAAUCAUCAUUUCUUCAACGUUUAUCACGUGUUUGUCGUUUGACAAUAAAAGAUUUACCUAAAAUUGGUAAUCCGAUGUCGCUCUUUGGAACGCAUAUGCAACUACUUGCCUAUCAUCUUGAACGAAGUUCUACACGUGAGCAUACACGUGAGUUAGAACAAUGGAAUCGUUUACUUGAAUGUCUUUAUGAAAUAUAUACAUUUAAAUGUCAUACAUCAACAAGUAAUAUGAAAAAAAUAUUAAAUGAUCAUGACCAAUUAUUUACAUGUCUGUUACAAACACAAACGUUUUUACAAAAUCCAUCUAUUCUAUGA